AUGUGAGGAUCUGCACGUAGCAUUCAGACUCAGACUUGCAGAAAUCCAGCCCUAACCACCAGAUGGCCAACAGUGCACCGAAUCAUCACAAAUAGGACGAACCACCGGAUUCACUCACUCCGUGUUCAUCCACUCAUCGUUUACCGUCGGUGCGAGCUGAGACCUCAGAGGACCCAACGGCCGACAGACGCGUUUCUGCUAACUCACAAGGAUGCUGUCGUUUAGGAUGGAGCUCCCGUGUUUGUGCUUACUGUUGCUAAGCUGCCUGCAGUCGCUCUCAGCCCACAAUGACUUCUUCACCUCCAUAGGCCAGAUGACGGAUCUGUUGUACACAGAAAAAGACCUUGUCACCUCUCUAAAGGACUACAUCAGAGCAGAGGAGAACAAGCUUGAGCAGGUCAAAAGGUGGGCUGAUAAGUUGGAUUCAUUGACAGCCACAGCCACACAAGAUCCCGAGGGCUUCCUGGGGCACCCUGUGAAUGCCUUCAAACUGAUGAAGAGGCUGAACACUGAGUGGGGAGACCUGGAGAGCCUUGUCCUCAGUGACACCACCGAUGGAUUUAUUUCCAACCUGACCAUCCAGAGACAAUACUUCCCCACAGAUGAGGACCAGACUGGGGCUGCUAAAGCUCUCCUCCGGUUACAAGACACAUACAGACUGGAUGCCAACACCAUCUCUACAGGAGACCUACCUGGAGUGAAACACAAGAGCCAUAUGACUGUGGAGGACUGUUACGAGCUGGGGAAAAUCGCCUACUCUGAAGUGGAUUACUACCACACAGAGCUGUGGAUGGCCCAGGCCCUAAAACAGCUCGAUCAGGGAGAGGAGUCCACUUUAGAUAAGGUGACGGUGCUUGACUACCUCAGCUAUGCCAUCUACCAGCAGGGGGAGAUGGAGCGAGCCCUGGAGUACACCAAGAGGCUGCUUGAGCUGGACCCAGAGCACCAGCGCGCCAACGGCAACCUGAAGUACUUUGAGUUCCAGUUGGAGAAGCAGAAAAAGGCUGCGGAGGAUGAGGCUGAAAAACGGAAGGAGCGAGGGAAAAGAGAAACAAGUGAAAAGAAGAAGGAGCCCAAGAAGAAGGCCUCCCAUCAGGUGGUCCCCGAGAGGAAGAAGUAUGAGAUGCUUUGUCGUGGGGAGGGCAUCAGAAUGACCCCCCGAAGGCAGAGCCGACUGUUCUGUCGUUACUAUGACAACAAUCGCAACCCCAUGUAUGUGCUAGCACCUGUCAAACAGCAAGAUGAGUGGGACCGCCCUUACAUUGUCCGCUACCUUGACAUCAUUUCAGACGAAGAAAUUGAGAAGGUCAAGCAGCUGGCGAAGCCAAGACUACGCAGGGCCACCAUCUCCAACCCCAUCACAGGAGUGCUGGAGACAGCUUCAUACCGGAUCAGCAAAAGUGCUUGGCUCACUGGCUAUGAUGACAGCAUGAUUGAAAGGAUCAACCAGAGAAUCGAAGAUCUCACAGGCCUGGAAAUGGACACUGCAGAAGAGUUGCAGGUUGCAAAUUAUGGAGUUGGAGGUCAAUACGAACCUCACUUUGACUUUGGAAGGAAAGAUGAGCCUGAUGCCUUUAAAGAGCUGGGCACUGGGAACCGCAUAGCAACAUGGCUUUUCUAUAUGAGUGAUGUAUCAGCAGGUGGAGCCACAGUAUUCCCAGAUGUUGGUGCAGCAGUUUGGCCCCAGAAGGGAAGUGCAGUGUUCUGGUACAAUUUGUUUGCUAGCGGGGAGGGAGACUACAGCACCCGACACGCAGCUUGCCCAGUGUUGGUGGGCAACAAGUGGGUAUCAAACAAAUGGAUCCAUGAACGAGGCCAGGAGUGGAGGCGACCUUGUGGCCUAAGUGAAACUGAAUGAUGGAAAAUGAAACCUCCUCAUCACCUCCCUGCCCUUCUCCCCCCUUCCCUGUGACUAAAGAAAACUGCUGCAGAUCAACAGAUGAUACAUAUGGAUACAUGAGGUCCAAAUGGCUCACUCUCUCUCUACAGACACUCCUGUUUUUCCUAGCUGUUGUGCUCUGAGCCCAGAGAUUGUUUGGGUCAACGUCAGCCCCUGGACAGUAUUAGCAUGGCUGUGACAGAUAGCAUGUUCUUAAGGUUGUCGGGUGGUUUUCAGAAACACUCUUUCCCUUUUCACUCCCUGGUUUUCUUUGCACUCUGUAUGAACUCUAGCUCUGUGGUGAGAUUAUCCGUCAGUAGUGACUGUAGGGACCAGCUUCCUCCCUAUCAUUUCGAACCUUAAAGGUACAGUUCACAUUUUUUAGAGGCCUGUCUGUUUCAUUGUAUUUAUUGACAGAGCAAUUGGACCUGAAGUUUUUGAGACAGUUAAAGGAUUUUUAAAACAUUUUAAACAAUGAAAAUUCACAGUCAGAAUCCACCUUUAGAGCAGUUAAUUCAUUUUCUCGAUCUAAUUUAUUCAGAGGGACAUUUCUGUACAUAUAACUUCACACUGAACUGGCAUACAGUAGGUCACUGACUAUCUCUCUUUUCUUUAUUUACAUGUGGUAGCAAUCUCUGACUUCCAAUAAGAAGAACAAAAAAAGAAAAUCUGACCACAGCCCAGGGUAGUAUUUUUUGUGGAAAAAAAACAUUAUUUCCUGUAAUUUGUGUAACUAAUCAGAGCAUAUUUAAAUGGCCUAGCUAAUCCUACAGCUGUGCACCACUUUAUGACAUAUCAAACACCUUUUUGAGCUGCCUCAAAACUGUAGCCUUUUUUUUGUAACUCAUUUGAAUGAUCAGAGUAUGACAUUGUUAGGUUUGUUUUAUAUUGUGUACCAUGGGCACACUUACACGUGGAUACAGACACAGUUACAUACAUUUGAAAUGCUGCAUAGGAUUUAGUGUUGUAUUUCACAGCAAGACAAAAAAACAACAAGAGCAUGAAGGCCAGGGAGAGUGUGGACUGGAGACACUACAUUGUGUCGUAACAGGUUUAGAUUCCUUGUUUUUUUAUAGAGCGAUUGAUACUAGUGGGUUUGUAACAGUUCCCAUGAUGACCAGUGCUUUUCAGUGUGAGAGUAUAUGGGUUUUUAAAGAAAGAAUCAUUUUAUUUAUAUGUCCCGGGCCUAUUUUGUGUUGUUAUUUUUGUCUUAAAUGAAAGUCUGAAAUUGUUUGGGUUUUUUUCUACAAUAAAGAUACUGAUUUUACUGAUCUCAAGUUA